GAGCCCUGGGAGAGGAUGCACCCCGCGGAGCCGCCUGGGCCUGCGGGAGCCUGCUGCACUUGAGAUGGAGUUACUGCCCCUCUGGCUCUGCCUGGGUUUUCACUUCUUGACGGUGGAAUGGAGUAACAGAAGUGGAAAAGUCACAGCAGCUUCCCCAGGGGGCUGCAAGUUGGUGAAUGGAGUCGCUGACUGUCGAGGGCAGAACCUUGCUUCAGUGCCCAGGAGUCUCCCGACCUACUUCCAGACGCUUAUCCUGGAUGCCAACCCUCUCAAGACCCUGUGGAAUCAUUCCCUCCAGCAUUACCCUCUCUUGGAGAGCCUCAGUCUCCACAGCUGCCACCUGGAGCGCAUUGGUCGCGACGCCUUCCAGGAGCAGGCCCACCUGCACAGCCUAGCGCUGCCUGACAACUCCCUGUCAGAGAGCUACAAGGAGACAGCAGCUGCCUUCCACAGCCUACAGGGUUUGCGGAGGUUGGACUUGUCAGGGAACUCCCUGUCGGAAGACAUGGUAGCUCUCAUGCUCCAGAACCUCUCUUCACUGGAGUCUGUGUCCCUGGCAAGGAACACCAUCAUGAGGCUUGAUGACUCUGCCUUUGAGGGCCUGGGGCACCUCAGAGAACUGGAUUUGCAGAGAAACUACAUCUUUGAGAUUGAGGGUGGUGCUUUUGAUGGCUUGACUGAGCUGAGACACCUCAACCUGGCUUAUAACAACCUUCCUUGCAUUGUGGACUUCAGCCUCACGCGGCUCCAGUUCCUCAAUGUCAGCUACAAUGUCCUGGAAUGGUUCCUGGCGUCGGGGGAAGAGGCUGCUUUUGAACUAGAGACACUGGACCUUUCUCACAAUCAGCUGCUGUUUUUCCCCCUCCUGCCCCAGUCUAGCAAGUUGCAUACCCUCCUGCUGCGGGACAACAACAUGGGCUUCUAUAAGGACCUGUACAACACCUCAUCGCCGCAGGAGAUGGCAGCCCAGUUCCUCCUUGUGGACGGCAAUGUAACCAACAUCACCACAGUCAACCUCUGGGAAGAGUUUGCUUCCAGUGACCUUGCAGAUUUACGCUUCCUGGAUAUGAGCCAGAACCAGUUUCAAUACCUGCCUGAUGGCUUCUUAAAGAAAAUGCCUUCCCUCUCCCAUCUGAACCUCAACCAGAAUUGCCUGAUGACACUCCACAUCCAGGAGCAUGAGCCCCCAGGAGCGCUCACAGAGCUGGACCUGAGCCAGAACCAGCUGUCGGAGCUGCAUUUGGCUCCCGGGCUCCCUAGCUGCCUGAGGAGCCUCCGGUCAUUCAACCUGAGCUCCAACCAGCUCCUAGGUGUCCCGACUGGCCUUUUCGCUGAUGCCGGUAACAUCACUACAGUUGACUUGAGCCAUAAUCAGAUCUCACUUUGCCCCCAGCCGGCUGGCUUAGACCUCAUGGGGCCCCCUAGCUGUGUGGAUUUCAGGAACGUGGCAUCUUUGAGGAGCCUGUUUCUGGAGGGCUGUGGGCUGAGAGCAUUACAAGCUUGUUCGUUCCAGGGGACCGCCCUCACCCACUUAGACCUGUCUGGCAAUUGGGGGGUUCUGAAUGGGAGCAUUGCCCCUCUUGAGAAGAUUGCCCCCACAUUACAGGUCCUAUCUCUCAGGAAUGUGGGCCUCAGUUCCAGCUUCAUGGAGUUGGACUUCUCUGGGUUUAAGAAUUUGAGGAACUUGGAUCUGUCAGGAAAUUCCUUGACUAGUUUCCCAAGGUUCAGGGGCAGCCUGGCCCUGCAGACCCUGGAUCUCCGCAGGAACUCACUCACAGCCCUUCCCCAGAGGGCCGUGUCUGGGCAGCUCAUGAGAAGUCUGCGGACCAUCUACCUCAGUCAGAAUCCAUAUGACUGCUGUUGGGUAGAGGGCUGGGGGGCCCUACAGCAUCUGCACACCAUUGCUGACUUGGCCAUGGUCACUUGCAACCUCUCCUCCAAGGUCAUUCGCCUGGUAGACCUACCUAGAAGUAUGCCUCAGGAUUGUAAGUGGGAGAGGGUGGACAUGGGCCUGCUAUACCUUGUGCUUAUUCUCCCCAGCUGCCUCACCUUACUGGUGGCCUGCACUGUCAUCUUCCUCACUUUUAAGAAGCCUCUGCUUCAGGUAAUCAAGAGUCGCUGCCACUGGUCCUCCAUAUACUGACCUGGCUACAAGCCAAGGUUAGAAAUUUGUUCCAUGCAUGGAAAAACACUUUCUCUGCCAGAUUUCAAGAUCUGAUGCAGAGGACAAAUCUGAUAAAUUGAGAUUUAAAUUAAAGUGUAAAAUGUUUCCAUCCCUUAGGCACCCCAAGUUCUUCCUCCAUCAUCAUGAUUCAUCCUUAUCAUACUGGUAAAAUAUUUAUUAAGUAACA